AUGGAAUGUUUAGAGAAAACAUGUAGGGGAAUGGAGGACGUUGCAGCUGAUAGUUACAUUGACACGAAUUUUAUGGAAACGUUCAAUGUGCGCGUCGGCGGGGGAAGGCCUUCCGUAGAUGCUGCGCGCAAUUCGUUGAUUACGUCGCCGUUGCUUCUCGAGGAGCCGAUCCGACUGGCAUCGAUAUUGGAACACUCUCACUAUCACAGGUCGGUUCCAUGCCUGACCAAGAUCGUGGGGACGGUCGGCGGCAACUCCAAGACCGUGGAGCAACUGUCGGCUCUUCUCGAAGCCGGCAUGACAGCCGCACGGUUCGACUUCUCCGUCAACGACCAGGAGAACCACCAGGAGACGUACGAGAACCUGCGGGCUGCCAUGAAGAAAACGCACCGCAUGUGCGCGGUUGUGUACGACACACACGGGCCUGAGAUCACCAUCUUCAACAGCAACCAUGCAACGGUGACGAUGACAGCGGGCAGCACGGUGGUGCUGUCGAGCGACAAGGACCACCCCGUCACUGCCCACGCGCUGCCCCUCGCCUGCCCUCAACUCGCCAAGGCGGUGAAGCCAGGGGACGAGGUGUUUGUGGGGCGCUACCUCUUCACAGGCAGCGAGACCACGUCUGUGUGGCUCAAGGUGGAGGAGGUGAAGGGGGAGGAUAUAGUGUGCACGGUGACCAACACAGCUGAGCUGCAAGGAGACUUCUUCACUGUGCAUGCUGCUCAGGUGGACACGGACAUGCCCAUUCUCUCCAAGGUGGACGAGCGCCACCUGUCCACGUGGGGAGUGAACUGCCUGCCGCACAUCAUCUUCCUCUCCUUCACUCGCAACGCAGAGGACGUCAGAUACGCUCGCAAGUACCUCGCCCAACUGGGCAAACUCUCGCAGGCCUUCAUCUUUGCAAAGAUUGAGAGCAUUCAGGGGCUGAGGAAGAUUGACGAGAUCCUGGCAGAGGCUGACGGGCUGGUGCUGGGCCGAGGAGACCUUGGAAUCGACCUGCCUGCAGAAAAGGUGUUUCUGAUGCAGAAGGUGGCCAUCUACAAGGCCAACAUGGCGGGCAAGCCAUGUGUCAUCUCGCGAGUGGUUGACACCAUGACAGACACGCCCCGCCCCACUCGUGCUGAAGCCACUGACGUCGCCAACGCUGUGCUGGACGGGGUGGAUGCGAUCAUGCUGGGAGCUGAGACGCUCAGAGGGCUGUACCCUACUGAGACAGUUUCAACCGUGCGCCUCAUCUGUGCCGAGGCGGAGAAGGCAUACAACCAGGAGCUCUAUUUCAAGAAGGCGGUCAAGGAAGCCACUGACACCAUGAGCGAGCUCGAAGCCAUGGCCUCGUCCGCGGUGAAAACAGCAGAGAAGGUGCAUGCAGCAGCGAUUGUGGUGUUUACCUCCUCUGGAAGAAUGGCCAGGCUCGUGGCCAAGUACAAGCCAACCAUGCCGGUGCUCACUCUCGUCAUCCCGCGCCUCUACGUUGAUAAGCUCAGAUGGACGGUGCAGGGUGAAUUCCCGGCUCACAUGUGUUGUCUUAUGCGGGCCCUCAUCCCCAUGAUGGCUACACCCAAGACACUGGAGCAAAGCGAUGUAUCCACUAACGAGACAGUUCUCAAGGAGGCCAUUCUUCAGGGCCAGCGCAUAGGAGUGCUGAGGAAGCACGACAGGGUGGUGGUGGUGCAGAAACUGGGUGAUGCUGUCGUGGUUCGAGUCGAAGAGGCGCUUCCUUACUCUAAAUAA